AUAAUCAAUACUUUAUGAUGGUUUUUGGCUAUAAUUAUAGACGCCCCAUUUGAGAAUUCUGCUCCGCGGUUGCCGACGUGAAAUGGGUCUCACUGGGGAGCUCGUCAGGAGUGUUUUCUCUAAGACUACUCGGUCUGUGAGUGAGCACGUUAGCAAUGGAAGGAGUAAUGGGGUGGAUAGGAGAAGAUGGAGCUCUGUUAGAUCCUAUCUAUGUGGGGACGAAUUUAACUCGGUCCUCGCUGAGGAAGAUUCAGCUUCUAUCAAGAGUUCAGAGGCCACUGUAACACAACCUGUAGCAGAGGAUUUGAAGGAAGAAGUAGAAACUCAGAGUGGAGUGAAGGAAGAACAGAUACUCGAUGAAAAGCAGAAUUCAUCUACUAAACUUUUGAGCGAAGAGGAUGCAGCAAUUUUCAUCCAGUCGGCAUUCCGACGCUUUCUGGCUAGGCGUCGAGAUAGAGGAACAAAGCAGAUGGAUGAGACAGAGGCUGUCCAAGGCACAAAAAGUCCAAGUAAGGAGUCUGUUGGUACAUCAAUUGAAGUUCAAACAGGAAACUCUGUUGAAGUUCUCUCAGUUCGGGAGGAUAGAACUGCUGUUCAACACCAAGUGCAGCAGAAAUCCCGGACUCAGAUCUCCAAGGCGAAGGAAGAUUGGGAUGACAGCACAGUGAGCAGCAACAUAUCAAAGCUGAGGAUCCAAAACAGACAAGAAGCACAUACCAGACGUGAAAGAGCUCUAGCUUAUGCUUUCUCUCAACAGCUACGGAUUUGUUCAAAGAAAAAGACAGCCCGAUCUGAUACCGGAGAAACCAACAUGGGUUGGAACUGGCUAGAGCGUUGGAUGGCAACUCGCCAGACAGAUGGUUCCUUCGUUGAAGAUCGUAUGAGCAGGCGCCUAGAACCCAUUAACAAUGAUCAAAGAUCAGUUCUUAUUAAGAAAAAUUUUGAUAUAGGAGAAGAGAAGGAAAGCUGUGGAUCUAAUGAAGUACCGGACGGAAUUGAUAGUCCUACUCUGUCUGCAGAAGACAGAUACAAACUUGUUAAGAACAGGCUGAAGGCCACCAGAAGCGUGUCACGAAGGAAAACUGUUCCAAGCUACCAAUACCCAUCACACCUGACCAAGGUGAGCAAGAAAGAAAGUUCUAGGGAAGCUGAGAAAGAUAAGAAACAGAAGCAGACACAGCCACGAAGUGUGGGAGAAAUGAAGCACAAAGAAACUUCAUCUCAGGCAAAAUCUGUUCCACCGACGAGUGGCUCCAAGUGGGGCCAUUGAAUCUCAAUGUGAACAUGGGUUUAUCGUUUCUGCUUAUAAGGUCCUCCAUACGAAUUGGCUUUCACAUGUGCUAUGUCCAUCUCCCCAUAUCGUUAGUGUUUCCAUGGAGUCAGUCACUAGUAAUCUAUUUCAAUUUCAGCCGACACCACGAGCGAAGCAAUUAUAUUAGCUUAUGAAUUUCUAAGUGCAGAUUUCUUAGAUCCCACACAACCCGAAGACUCUCGGAAAGGUGCAUCUAUUGCCAGUGGGUACUAAAACUUUCCCCAUCCACCCAACCUGUUCACAUCUCCAAAUUGGAGAAGAAAAUGAAAAAUGAAAAAUAAUGAAACUUAUUUGA